AUGCAAGCCAUACAUUUGCUUGUAGUGUAUAUUAUCAAUGGUUUCUAUGCAUUAGCUUUACCAAAUCGUCGUUCGCUUAAUAUUUUUACAACUCCAAGAACAUUAUCAAAUUGCACAGAAAAAUAUGGUGAUCAGCCAGCUACACCUAUUGUUUCACUAAAUAACAUCUUUACCAUUCUAAACUAUUGUGCAGAUAUAUCAGGACAUGUUAUAAGACUUGAUUUUACCGAUUCGAAUGAUGAUCCACGUCAAGCAUGUCUUCUCGUUACGUCAUUUCAAAACAUGUUACCUCUACUCGUUUGGCUUCAUCCAUCAAUAUUUCCAUCAGGAACAAUAGUUUUUACUAAUCUUUUGUCAGAAGCAUACACAGCUAAUUUAACAGGUACAGCUGAUGGUCCACUUGGUUAUCAUUUACUUUUACCAUUCGGUCGUAAUACAACUCAUGUUUAUCCUUCACCAGAUGAUCAAGGACUUGGAUGGGAUAAUUGGUAUCGAAAUUAUAAUCGAUCUGAUCCAACUUUAAAUGUUGAUGUACAAACACUUGAUUAUUUUAUAAAUCAAGUUGUCAAUGAUCAAUCAAAUAUGUUUCAUAUUGAUAAAUCUCGUGUAUUCAUGUCCGGUUGGAGUAAUGGUGCAGCAAUGGCAGUUCAAUAUACACUAAAUACACCUGGAAUAGCUGCAGCAGCUGUCUAUUCAGCACCAGAUCCUUAUCGAGAUUAUAAAGAUCCAUGUGCUCAAAUUCCUUAUCCAUCUUAUUUGACACCUGUGCGUAUUUUAUAUAAUCAAUGUGAUAUUAUUAAUAUUUGUGCGACUGGUAUGGCAUUCAUUAAUGAUUUAAAUAAACGUUAUAUGAAUAAUCUGACUGCUGAAGGUAUCAUUAUUGACUCAUUAUUGGAAAUAACUUCAACAUGCAAUUUAAACUGUACCGAUGAAUUUGGCUUAGGUUUAAUGCAGCAUUCUAGAUGGCCAACAUUACUCAAUGAUAAAAUUUUCUUUGAAUUUUUUCGACAACAUUCAUUAGUUUCAAAUAAAUAG